AUGAAUCCCUACACGGGCGGGGGAGGAGCUGGUGGCGCCAAUCCCUUUGGAGCACCAGCAACGGGUGCAGGCUAUGGCCAGCAGGGCUACGGAUACGAGCAGCAGGCAACAGGUGGCUAUGACCAGGGAAUGAACUAUGGCGAUCAGCAGCAACAGCAAGCAGCUGGAUACGGUCCACCGGGAGCCAGACCACGCGUGGAUGUGGAGGCCAGUGGCGAGGUGGAUCCCAAUCUAUACCCGGAGGCUAAGGACUCAACGCACAAAGUACGCGGCCACUCGGACAUCCUGGAGAUGUUCUUUGCGAGCACGGAACGCGAGCUGAUUCCCGUAAAGAGCUUCUACUUCUUCUUCUACGCCGCCUUCGGAUCACUGUUUCCGCUGAUGGGCGUGUACUUCAAGCAGAUGGGCAUGAAUCCGGGACAGUGCGGCAUCCUGGUGGGCAUGCGUCCCUUCGUUGAGUUCCUCUCGGCCCCGUUUUGGGGCUCCUAUGCGGAUCGCUGUCGGCAGGGCAAGCGGCUGCUCCUGGGCUCGCUGGCCUGUUGGGUCCUCUUCACCAUCCCACUGAGCUUCAUCCGGCCGGAGGCCAUCAAUUGUAUCGAACGGAGGAAUGCCACAGACUUUGUGCUGACCUAUACGCGCACCAAGCGGGAUCUCUCCUCCAUGUACGAGCCAGAACCGGAGCGGAUGGAUCAGCUGAUGGGCACAAUGCCAGCGGAAGAGGCUCUGGAGGAGGCGGAAGCUGCUCAUAGCCGGCACAAGAGAUCGCUCCUGCUGCCCAGGAUUGAUGCAGGCAUCUCGCCGGUUCACAUCAACUUUGUAAGCAACUAUGACGACAAGUACCACAGGGACUAUGUGACGCCCAUCUUUAGCUCCAUGGUCUACAGGACACCGGACAUUCAAAAGGCGUUCUUCCUGCUCCUGCUGGUAAUCCUGAUCGGUGAAUUCUUCAGCGCUCCUGCUAUCACUCUGGCCGACUCCGCUGUGAUAACGCUGCUGGGCGAGGAUGCGGACAAGUACGGACAUCAGCGGAUGUUUGGCUCCCUGGGAUGGGGCAUCUCCAUGUUCCUGGUGGGCAUCGCUCUGGAUCACUCCACCUCGUUCUCGAACCAUCCGUGCGGGGCGCAGAACAGAAAGAACUACAACAUUUGCUUCUCCAUCUUCUCCGUGCUGAUGACCUGUGAUAUAUCCGCCUCGAAGAUCACCUUCAAGUACGAUCCCAUCGACGAGCAACAGGCGGCCCAGCAGGCGGCGUCACAGUUUGUGGAUCCUGGAAAGAGGGCCGAGGAGGAGUCAAUGAACCAACUGGCCGCCCAGCUAAACCUGCCAUCGCUGGGUGGUAGCGGCAGUGCCGCCUCCGGUGCCUGUGCCGGUGGCGUGAGUAGCUUCCUGGCCGCCGGUCAUCAGCCGCAGCCGCAUAUCGGCGCCGAGUCCAAGGUGUUUGCGCAGACGGCGAAAGAGUUACCCGAAUGGAUGACCGUACUGACCCAUUUCAAGGACCUGAAGACCGCUUCCUUUCUCUUUGUGGCCUGGUUCAUGGGCUUCGGCAUCGGGCUGAUCUUCACCUUUCUGUUCUGGCAUCUCCAGGACUAUGGCGGCACUCCCACGCUCUUUGGCGUUGCGUCCGUGAUCAACCAUGUGUCCGAGAUCUUUGCAUACUUUUUCAGCUUCCGUCUGAUCACCCAGAUUGGUCAUGUCAAGGUCCUAUGUCUGGGCCUAAUUGGCAAUGUCCUGCGCUUCCUUUAUAUCUCCUAUCUAACCAAUCCGUGGAUGGUCCUGCCCUUCGAACUGAUGCAGGGCAUCACCCAUGCCGCCGUGUGGGCAGCCUCCUGCUCGUAUAUUGCUCACAACACACAGCAUCUGAGGGCCUCGGCGCAGGGUGUACUCCAGGGUAUCCAUCACGGAUUGGGACGCGGCUGCGGUGCCAUCAUUGGCGGCAUGUUUGUCACUUACUACGGUACUACUGCUACCUUCCGCUGGUACGGCAUUGCCUGCCUCUUCGUCCUCGGCUUCUUCAUCUUUGUCAACUUUUAUCGCAAGGAGCAGGGCUUCAUUUCGGAGAUUCCGGUCACCGAGGAUCCGCAUCAGGUGGCCGAGGAGACCUCGCACUUGGCUCCACAUGGUGUUCCCAGCAAUCCCAUUCCCCCUCUGUCCAACUCGCGCCUGAAUGAGAUGAAUCCGAAUGGAGGACCCUAUGGCACAUACCAGACCACUGGCGGCAACCUGGAUAUUCCCGGAGCUAACCAGCACAAUCCGUUUGCCCAGUAAACUGUCGCGAAUC